UCCUGUUGCUGCCGCUGCGGUGAGGGCUGUGGCUGGACGUCCCUUCUGGCACUUUGCCUCUGUCCCCUGCAUCCCCCGCCUGCAUCUUUCCUCCCCCCUCCUCCGUUCCCCCAGCUCGUCCCGAGCCUGCCUGUCCCCAGUGAGGAGGCGGGACAGUGGAAGAGCUGCACUAAGCUGGAGUUUGGAGUUUGACCCUGUUGGAGGCUCCCUCAGCAGCAGGGAUACAGGAGGAAGGGUCACUGCUAUCUCUUGAAGCUCUUGGAUCCCGGUGUCUCCCUCCUUACAGCCACCACCACCUCCUAGCACCUUAGAAGCCACUGACAGCCUCCAGGACAGGUGAGCCCUGCAUCUGAAAAAAGGAUCCAGAGGGCUCAUUCAGGACCAUGGAGAGCAGCAUCAGCAGCCCUCAGCCUCCGCAGUCAGAUCCCUUGGAUGCCUUUCCCCAGAAGGGCUUAGAGGCUGGGGACAUCGCGGUGCUGGUUCUGUACUUCCUCUUUGUCCUGGCUGUUGGACUAUGGUCCACAGUGAAGACCAAAAGAGACACAGUGAAAGGCUACUUCCUGGCUGGGGGGGACAUGGUGUGGUGGCCAGUGGGCGCAUCCUUGUUUGCCAGCAAUGUUGGAAGUGGACAUUUUAUUGGCCUGGCAGGGUCAGGUGCUGCUACAGGCCUUUCUGUAUCAGCUUAUGAGCUUAAUGGCUUGUUUUCUGUGCUGAUGUUGGCCUGGAUCUUCCUCCCUAUCUACAUUGCUGGGCAGGUCACCACGAUGCCAGAAUACCUACGGAAGCGCUUUGGUGGCACCAGAAUCCCUAUCAUCCUGGCGGUACUCUACCUAUUUAUCUACAUCUUCACCAAGAUCUCGGUAGACAUGUAUGCAGGUGCCAUCUUUAUCCAACAGUCUUUGCACCUGGAUCUGUACCUGGCCAUAGUGGGGCUGUUAGCCAUCACUGCUGUAUACACAGUUGCUGGUGGCCUGGCUGCUGUGAUCUACACGGAUGCUCUGCAGACGCUGAUCAUGCUUAUAGGAGCACUCACCUUGAUGGGCUACAGUUUUGCUGCAGUUGGUGGGAUGGAAGGCCUGAAGGAGAAGUACUUCUUGGCCCUGGCUAGCAACCGGAGCGAGAACAGCAGCUGUGGGCUGCCCCGAGAAGAUGCCUUCCAUAUUUUCCGAGAUCCGCUGACAUCUGAUCUCCCAUGGCCAGGGGUCCUAUUUGGAAUGUCCAUCCCGUCCCUCUGGUACUGGUGCACGGAUCAGGUGAUUGUCCAGCGGACUCUGGCUGCCAAGAACCUGUCCCAUGCCAAAGGAGGUGCUCUGAUGGCUGCGUACCUGAAAGUGCUGCCCCUCUUCAUAAUGGUGUUCCCUGGGAUGGCCAGCCGCAUCCUGUUCCCAGAUCAAGUGGCUUGUGCAGAUCCAGAGAUCUGCCAGAAGGUCUGCAGCAACCCCUCAGGCUGUUCUGACAUCGCGUAUCCCAAACUCGUGCUGGAACUCCUGCCCACAGGGCUCCGUGGGCUGAUGAUGGCUGUGAUGGUGGCGGCUCUCAUGUCCUCCCUCACCUCCAUCUUUAACAGUGCCAGCACCAUCUUCACCAUGGACCUCUGGAAUCACCUCCGGCCUCGGGCAUCCGAGAAGGAGCUCAUGAUUGUGGGCAGGGUGUUUGUGAUGCUGCUGGUCCUGGUCUCCAUCAUCUGGAUCCCUGUGGUCCAGGCCAGCCAGGGUGGCCAGCUCUUCAUCUACAUCCAGUCCAUCAGCUCUUACCUGCAGCCGCCCGUGGCGGUGGUCUUCAUCAUGGGAUGUUUCUGGAAGAGGACCAAUGAAAAGGGUGCCUUCUGGGGCCUGAUCUCGGGUCUGCUCCUGGGCUUGGUUAGGCUGGUCCUGGACUUUAUUUACAUGCAGCCUCGGUGCGACCAGCCAGAUGAGCGCCCGGUCCUGGUGAAGAGCAUUCACUACCUCUACUUCUCCAUGAUCCUGUCCACGGUCACCCUCAUCACUGUCUCCACCGUGAGCCGGUUCACAGAGCCACCCUCCAAGGAGAUGGUCAGCCACCUGACCUGGUUUACUCGUCAUGACCCCGUGGUCCAGAAGGAACAAGGGCCACCAGCAACUCCCUUGUCUCUUAACCUCUCUCACAAUGGGAUGCCAGAGGCCAGCAGCAGCAGGGGCCAGUUCGAGAUGGUUCCAGAAAACAUGUCUAAAACCCAAAGCUGUGACAUGACCCGGAAGCAGUCCAAAGUGGUGAAGGCCAUCCUGUGGCUCUGCGGAAUACAGGACAAGGGCAAGGAAGAGCUCCCAGCCAGAGCAGAACCCGCCAUAGUUUCCCUGGAAGAAAACCCCUUGGUGAAGACCCUUCUGGAUGUGAAUCUCAUUUUCUGCGGUCUCGCUCUGUCACCCAGGCUGGAAUGCAGUGGCAUGGUCAAGCUCACUGCAACCUCAAACUCCUGGGCUAGGCCAGAUGUGGUCUAUGUUGCCCAGGCUAGUCUUGAACUCCUGGCCUCAAGUGAUCCCCCCACCUCAGCCUCCCAAAGUACUAGAAUCAGAGGCAUGAACCACCAUGCCCGGCUUCUUUUCUUCUUGAAAAAUAAUUGAAGGUUAGAAGAUGGAAAAAGGAGAGACAUGUAAAAGUUUCCUUUCACAAAAGACUAGUUACUCAUUCUUCUUAUCCACUGUACAACAUCAAUACCCAAAUUCAAAAGGAUAAAGAAGCAAAGGGACUCAUGGGCCCUCCCAGCCUGAUGGCAGCUACAUCUCCUGAGCUGGGCAUUUAGCAUUUGAACUUUCCCAGCUCACCUUCACAGUGCAAAGAACGGGACGUGCAUUCUACCUCUUGCCUUCCACUUUGGCUGGCUUUGGGUGAAGGAAUAGCUGGUCCCCAAGAGUUUUCUCACUGUGAUACUUUCUCCUAGGUAUUUCUUGGAAAUAGACCCAUGCUGGUACUCUGAAAUCCUGUGCUAUAAGAAAAUCAGGGAAUUGUGUGCACUUCUUAAGUUCUGGCUUAGGUUUUGUUUUUUUGGUUUUGAUACAGGGUCUCACUCUGUCACCCUGUCACUCUGUCAGGCUACAGUAUAGUGGCACCCUCAUGACUUACUGCAGUCUUAACCUCUAGGGUUCAUGUGAUCCUCCCCACCUCAGCCUCCU